GGCCACGCUCGACGAUGUCGUUUCAACAUGGAGCUGUACAAGCUGUCCGGUAGAGCCAGCGGCGGGGUGUGUCUCAAGUGUCGACACUACACCGCUGGCAGACACUGCCACUACUGUCGCGAAGGCUACUACAGGGACCCCACCAAGCCCAUCACUCAUAAGAAGGCUUGUAAACCAUGCGACUGCCACCCGGUCGGCGCGAGCGGCAAAACAUGUAAUCAGACAAGCGGGCAGUGCCCUUGUAAGGACGGAGUGACUGGCACGACUUGCAACCGAUGUGCCAAAGGGUAUCAACAGUCGAGGAGCCACAUCGCGCCCUGUAUACCGGACCAGUGCGGACGGUGCCGCGCAGGCGCACGAACUCUCAAUCUCAACAAAUUCUGCAGCCGAGAUUACGUCAUAAUGGGUCGGGUGGUGGGCCGCGAGGCGGGCGGCGCGGGCGGCUGGGUGCGGCUGGCGCUGAGCGUGCAAGCGGUGUACAAGCGCGCGCCGCGGAGCCGCCUGCGCCGCGGCGCCGUGGCGCUGCACGUGCGCGCCGCGGACCUCGCCUGCAAGUGUCCCAAGAUCAAGAUCAAUAAGUCCUAUUUAAUCCUAGGAGUGGAAAAAGAGGGGGCAUCGUCGGGUUUGCCGGGACUGACGGUAGGGGACAGGACAUUACUAUUGGAGUGGCGAGACGACUGGCACAGACGCAUUCGUCGCCUGCAACGGCGAGCUAUCAACUGCCAUUAG